AGUUACGCCACCUUUGCGUGUCACUGCCUGAGGGCGGCUGCGUGAUGCGUCACGGCGCUUACGUGCAGUGGUGACGCCAGUCUCGCGUGAUGAGACUUGUGGCGUCGGAACGCCGGGACAGGAGGAGGAAGCUUCCAAAUAACAGCCUUGCGGGAGGCGUAAGUAGCGAACCGGGAGUGCGGACUGUGUUGGGAAAAGCGGGAUUGUCGGCCACUAUGCAGCUGCUUGGGAAAGAGGGUGACGUUUGAAUUUGCCCUCAACCUAUCCAAUCCUCUUACGGCUCCACCGGGACGAAAACUGGGACAAAACGAGCACUACAGAAAGCGGAGUAGGGGACAGGAGACGCAGGCACCCCAGCUACACACCACCCUCCCGAAGUCUGCCGCACACUGACAGCUGGGGGCUCGCUAAUCCAAAUAAGAGCUUCAUUAACCUGCAGUAUUUUUAAUUCAUUUUUUUUUUUUGAAAAAGACACAACAAAGUAUUCAUGAUAGGGUCAUAAAUAAUAUAACCUUGAACUUGGAAAUUCAGUCUGUGAAUAUUUAACAAUGAAUGGACACAGCGAUGAAGACAGUGUAAGCAACAGCAAUGGAAAUUCAAGCCAUUCUGAUGACGAUUCUGGUUCAGGAUCUGGAUCUAGCUCUGGAAGCAGUAGUGAUGGAAGCAGUAGCCAGUCGGGAAGCAGUGACUCUGAAAGUGGUUCAGAAUCAGGAAGCCAAUCUGAUUCGGACACGUCAAAAGAAAAGAAAACUGUACAAUCCAAACCACCAAGAUUGGAUGGAGCAGAGUUUUGGAAGUCCAAUCCAAGUAUUCUAGCUGUACAAAGAUCAGCUAUGCUAAGAAAGCAGCAGCUGCAGCAGCAGCAACAACAGCAAAGGCAGCAAGCAUCUUCAAACAGUGGCUCAGAUGAGGAUUCAUCCAGCAGUGAUGAAUCUGAUGAGGACUCUUCAAGUGACAAUAAAAAGAAAAAACGCCAAGAUGAAGAUUGGCAGAUGUCCGGGUCAGGUUCUGCUAGUGACUCUCCAUCGGCAAGUUCCAGUUCAGAUUCCGACACAGGGGGGGAUAGACAGAAAAGCAGCGGUAGGGACAGCGAAUCUGAUUAUGAACCAAGCCAUAAAGUUAAAAACAAGAAAUCUCAAAACAGAUCUAAAGUUAAAAAUGGAAAGACCAGUGCUGGCCAAAAAAAGAGAGAUGCAGAUUCAUCUGAUGAUGAUUAUGAUGACGAUUAUAAUAAAAGGGUAUCUAGAAGGCAAGCUACAGUAAAUGUUAGUUAUAAGGAAGAUGAGGAGAUGAAGACAGAUUCUGAUGAUUUGCUAGAAGUCAUUGGCGAAGAUGUACCUCAGCCAGAAGAAGAUGAAUUUGAAACAAUUGAAAGAGUAAUGGAUUCACGAUUUGGUCGUAAAGGAGCUACCGGUGGCACCACGACCAUUUAUGCAGUAGAGGCAGAUGGGGAUCCAAAUGCAAAUUUUAAUGAGACGAAGGAGGCCGGAGAGACACAGUAUUUAUUAAAAUGGAAAGGCUGGUCCAGUAUUCACAAUACCUGGGAAACGGAAGAUACUCUAAAACAGCAAAAUGUGAAAGGAAUGAAAAAGCUUGACAACUACAAGAAGAAAGAGCAGGAAAAAAAAAGAUGGUUAAAAGCAGCUUCUCCAGAAGAUAUUGAGUAUUAUAAUUGUCAGCAAGAACUCAUUGAUGAUCUCCAUAAACAGUAUCAGAUAGUGGAGCGCAUCAUAGCGCAUUCAAAUCAGAAAUCAGCAGCAGGCUAUCCAGAUUAUUUCUGCAAAUGGCAGGGGCUUCCGUAUUCAGAAUGCAGUUGGGAGGAUGGGGCACUCAUUGCUAAGAAGUUUCAGGCUCGAAUUGAUGAGUAUAUUAGUCGCAAUCAGUCUAAGACAAUUCCUUUCAAAGAGUGUAAGGUUUUAAAGCAGAGACCGAGAUUUGUAGCCUUGAAAAAACAACCUUCAUACAUUGGUGGGAAUAAGCAGUUGGAGCUGAGGGACUAUCAGUUGGAUGGAUUAAACUGGCUAGCUCAUUCCUGGUGCAAGGGAAACAGUUGUAUCUUGGCUGAUGAAAUGGGUUUAGGAAAAACAAUACAGACUAUUUCUUUUUUAAACUAUCUAUUUCAUGAACACCAGCUGUAUGGACCCUUUCUUCUUGUUGUGCCACUCUCUACACUUACCUCCUGGCAAAGAGAAAUUCAAAUUUGGGCUCCUUUAAUGAAUGCUGUUGUUUACUUGGGAGAUAUAAACAGUAGGAAUAUGAUCAGAACCCAUGAAUGGAUGCAUCCUCAGACCAAGAGAUUAAAAUUGAAUGUGCUGCUUACCACCUAUGAAAUAUUGCUAAAGGACAAGUCUUUUUUAGGUGGUGUUAACUGGGCUUUUAUAGGAGUUGAUGAAGCACAUCGGUUAAAAAAUGACGAUUCAUUACUGUAUAAGACACUGAUAGACUUCAAGUCUAAUCAUCGUCUCUUGAUCACUGGAACUCCUUUGCAAAAUUCACUAAAAGAACUCUGGUCUUUGCUUCACUUCAUCAUGCCUGAAAAAUUUUCCUCCUGGGAAGACUUCGAAGAAGAGCAUGGAAAAGGCAGAGAGUAUGGUUAUGCCAGUCUUCACAAAGAGCUUGAGCCAUUCCUACUAAGAAGGGUGAAGAAAGAUGUGGAAAAAUCUUUACCUGCUAAAGUGGAACAAAUUUUGAGAGUUGAGAUGAGCGCUUCGCAAAAACAAUACUAUAAAUGGAUCCUAACAAGGAAUUACAAGGCACUAAGCAAGGGGUCUAAAGGCAGUACUUCAGGAUUUUUGAACAUUAUGAUGGAAUUAAAAAAGUGUUGUAAUCAUUGCUACCUCAUUAAGCCACCAGAAGAAAAUGAAUUCUACAACAGGCAAGAGGCUCUGCAGCACUUAAUAAGGAGCAGUGGCAAGCUAAUUCUUCUGGACAAGUUAUUAGUGCGUUUGCGAGAACGUGGCAACAGGGUUCUGAUUUUCUCUCAGAUGGUGCGGAUGCUGGAUAUUCUUGCAGAAUAUUUAAAAUCGCGACAAUUUCCCUUUCAGAGAUUAGAUGGUUCUAUCAAAGGAGAAGUGAGAAAGCAAGCACUUGAUCAUUUUAAUGCUGAAGGAUCUGAGGAUUUUUGCUUUUUGCUCUCUACAAGAGCAGGCGGCCUUGGGAUAAACCUUGCAUCAGCAGAUACUGUUGUCAUUUUUGACUCUGACUGGAAUCCACAAAAUGAUCUACAAGCUCAAGCCAGAGCUCACAGAAUUGGGCAGAAAAAGCAGGUGAAUAUCUAUCGCUUGGUUACAAAGGGGUCAGUUGAAGAAGAUAUAAUUGAAAGAGCAAAAAAGAAAAUGGUGCUUGAUCAUCUUGUAAUUCAAAGAAUGGACACAACAGGCAAGACUGUUUUACACACUGGAUCAACACCCUCAAGCUCUACUCCGUUUAAUAAAGAAGAAUUGGCUGCUAUUUUGAAGUUUGGUGCUGAAGAACUUUUUAAAGAACCAGAAGGAGAAGAGGAAGAACCACAGGAAAUGGACAUUGAUGAAAUCUUGAAGAGGGCAGAAACACGUGAAAAUGAAGGUGGACCUUUAACUGUAGGAGAUGAAUUGCUUUCUCAAUUUAAGGUUGCCAACUUUUCAACUAUGGAAGAAGAUGAUAUGGUUGAACCCAAUCGAGACUCAAAGUCAUGGGAGGACAUCAUUCCCACUGACCAGAGGAGAAGAAUGGAAGAGGAGGAAAGAGAAAAAGAACUGCAAGAAAUUUAUCUUUUGCCAAGAAUGAGGAAUUGUGCCAAGCAGGCAAACUUUAAUGGAAGUGAAGGUAGACGCAGCAGGAACAGAAGGUACUCUGGAUCUGACAGUGAUUCCAUGUCUGAUAGAAAACGCCCCAAAAAAAGAGGUCGGCCACGAACAAUUCCAAGAGAAAAUAUUAAAGGGUUUAGUGAUGCUGAGAUACGGAGGUUUAUUAAAAGCUACAAAAAGUUUGGCGGACCUCUAGAAAGGUUAGAUGCAAUAGCCCGAGAUGCUGAGUUGGUGGACAAGUCUGAGACUGAUCUUCGUCGACUUGGAGAAUUAAUACACAGUGGCUGCAUUAAAGCUUUGAAGGAUAGUUCUGGGCAAGAAAGGGCAGGAGGAAGACGUGGAAAAAUGAAAGGACCAACAUUCCGUAUCUCAGGGGUGCAAGUGAAUGCGAAGUUGGUCAGUUCUCAUGAAGAUGAACUAGCUCCUUUACACAAAUCUAUUCCUUCAGAUCCCGAUGAAAGAAAAAGAUAUGUUAUCCCAUGCCACACCAAAGCUGCUCAUUUUGAUAUUGACUGGGGCAAAGAAGAUGACUCAAACCUCUUAAUUGGCAUCUAUGAAUAUGGGUAUGGCAGCUGGGAAAUGAUAAAAAUGGACCCUGACCUCAACCUAACACAGAAGAUUUUACCAGAUGAUCCAGAUAAGAAGCCCCAAGCCAAGCAGCUACAGACCAGAGCUGACUACCUCAUUAAACUUCUCAAUAAAGAUCUGCUUAGGAAAGAAGCACAAAGACUUUCUAGUGGAGGUAAUUCUAAAAGGAGGAAAACCAGGGCAAAGAAAAGCAAAAAUGUGAAACCUGUAAAGGUUGAAGAGGAAACAAAAAGUGAAUCCUCACCACCCAGUUCUGAAAAUUCAGAAGAGGAGGAGGAUCAGGAGGAAACUGUACCCCUCAGAACAAAUAAUAAAAGGAGAGCAGAGAAAGAAAAUGAGGACCGAACAGAGUUAGAUGUCAGUGUUAACAAAGAGCCAGAAGAAAAGAAAGAGAUAAAAGAAAAUAAAAAGGACCCUAAGAAAGAAAAGAAGGAAAAAGAAGAGAAAAGAGAUACAACUGAAAAAGAAGCUCGAGACAAAAAGGAAAUUAAAACGAAAGAGCCUGUUAAAGAAAAAGAAAUAAAAGAAGAAAAGGUAACCGAGGUCAAAGCUGAAAAAGAAAAGCCAAAAAAAAGUAUAUUAGCAGACACCCCAGUUCAUAUUACUGCUAGCAGUGAGCCAGUACCAAUUUCUGAAGAGGCUGAAGAGCUUGAUCAGAAAACUUUCAGUGUUUGUAAAGAACGCAUGAGGCCAGUCAAAGCAGCAUUGAAGCAGCUGGAUCGGCCAGAAAAAGGGCUCUCUGAGCGAGAACAACUUGAGCACACACGACAGUGCCUGAUUAAAAUCGGGGAUCAUAUCACAGAAUGUCUGAAAGAAUAUGCAAAUCCUGAUCAAAUAAAACAGUGGAGAAAAAAUCUUUGGAUAUUUGUCUCCAAAUUUACUGAAUUUGAUGCCAGAAAGUUGCACAAAUUAUACAAACAUGCAAUCAAAAAACGGCAAGAAUCUCAGCACAAUGAUCAGAACAGCAGCAGCAGUGUAAAUACAAACCUUCGUCAUCCAGAUGUUGACCGACUAAAAGAAAACAGCAACCAUGAUGACAGCAGCAGAGAUAGUUAUUCCUCUGAAAGACAUUCACAGUAUCAUGAUCACCACUACAAAGACAGACAUCAGAGUGAUGCUUAUAAGAAAGGAGAUUCCAGAAAAAGGCCGUACUCCAGCUUCAGCAAUGGGAAAGACCACAGAGACUGGGACCACCACUACAAACAGGACAGGUACCACAGUGAAAGUAAACACAGAAAAUUGGAUGACCACAGAAGUAGAGAUCAUAGAUCAAACCUAGAAGGAGGUUUGAAGGAUAGAUCUUAUAGUGAUCAUCGUUCCCAUUCUGACCAUCGUUUACAUUCUGACCACAGAUCCAGUUCUGAUUACAGCCACCAUAAAUCUUCAAGAGAUUAUCGGUACCAUUCAGACUGGCAGUUGGACCACAGAGCCUCCAGCAGUGGGCCGAGGUCACCUUUGGACCAGAGAUCAGCGUAUGACUCCCGAUCUCCUUUAGGGCGCAGGUCCCCUUAUGAAUCAUCUGAUCACAAGAGCACUCCCGAGCAUUUAUGGAGUGGUCGCAAAACAUAACACCAGGAAUACCGUUCUAGACUCCUUUAGCCAUAUUCAAUAAAAUAUCACAGUGAUUGCCUUACAUGACUUGAAGGAAAUGACUUUGAUCUGCUGACCUGGCAGACUGUUACUACUUUCCAGACUGCAAGGUGCGUCUUUGUCACAGCUGAACAGAGAAUAUUUUUGUAUUUAAGGUAUAUGCUGCACUGUGCUGCAAUUGUGGCAUUUUUUAAAGAAAUAGAAAAGAUGUUUACUAUUUCAGAGACCUCAGCACUGCCCCUGUAGACUGAAUUUUAAGAAAACGGAAGUUUUCACAUCAUUUUUUUAAACUGUAAAUGAACUGGGUUUUUUUUGUUGGCUGAUCAUGUUAAAAUGAGUAUUUGAAAAUAUUUUUUUGGAAAAUGCUAUAAAGGACUUGGUUCACUUUCCAAAGCUGUUUGUUUACAUUGUACACUUCUACAACCUUGCCGCUUCUCAUCAUAUGCUUGAAUAUUUAAAUUCUGUACCUACAACUGUAAAAUAGCCAGUCUUCUUUUCUGUGAUCAACUGUAAUGAAUAUUUUUUUUUUAUUACAAAGUAAAAACUACUGUAAAUUAUUGUAAAUUAAUUAAAUGAACAUUUCCUUCUCUCUCAGGCUUUCUUUGACUGUUCCUUUCCCCACCAACUCAGGCCUUCUCAACAAAUAUAGGAAUAUGUAUAUUCAUCCGACUUUUUAAACACGUUUUGAUGGAAUAUGUUCAGAAUGUAAAAAAUGGGGAAAGGGAACAAAAUUCCAGUCAGUGUUUCUCUUUAUAGGAUACUUUAUCAGGAUUGUUUUUAAUUCUAAUGAGAUGUCAGUGUUGUGAUGGAAUGCAUACGUCAGUCUGAAUGUCUCCAAGAUUUUUGUCCUGGAAAUUCAGCUGGUUCCACCCACAAGAUGCUCCUUUGUCCAGAUUUACCCCCACCCCAAGUUUUAUUGUAAAUCCUUUUGUGUUCCCCCUUUUUUAUGAAAUGGGCAAUAAUGUCAAAUGUGCUAUGCAGCCAGUAUAAUUUCAAAUGGAUCUGACUUGCUUUAUAAACUGUGUAAAUUCACAAUGAUUGUAUAUAGAUUUCUUCUAUAUAUGUCUAAUUAAAUUGAAGAACCAUU